AUGCGUCCCGCCCCGGCCCUGCUGCAGUUGGCCGUGUGCCUGUCGUCCCUCUCCUCGUUUGCCUCUGGCUCACCAUGGCCUGGCUGGCUGCCUGACAAGGCUGCGCUCGUCGCCGUCCGCGCUGAUGCCACCACGACCCCGGGACCAACUGGGACCGGCGAAUCUGCCUCCCAGACGGACAAUUCGUCAGCAAGCCAGACCGAUUCAGGUCAAGGAAAGGACCUCAACACAGCCGAGCCCACCCAGUCUGGCGACACGGCCUCUGAGACUGGUACCGGUUCGGCGACUGGCAAGAAGACCGGAAAGGGAACCGGAAAGGCGACCGGAACCAAGACAGGAAAGACUCACAGCACAUUUGCUCCCGACUCGCCUCCCGGUGGCGUCAGCAUGCUCACCCCUGCCCCGAAUCUGCAAGCGACGCCUCUGUAUAAGAUCGGAGACGACGUCACCUGGAGCUGGAACUAUACCUCCCUGCAGGGGACGCCGACGGCCGUCGAUGUGCUUGUCAGCUGCUCCGUCGCUAGCAACACGUGGACGCUCACAAGCAACAUGACCUUCGCGACCUCAGUCAAUUACGUGUGGGAGACCAAGGAAGAAGCCGGCUCGGUCCAAAAUCCCCUUUUGACCGAGAUGUACACGCUCAUCGUCAAGGACUCGGACACCCAAAUCACCUCGGCCCCCGAGCCCGGGUACCUGGGCACCUGGCAGCAGUUCAGAUUCGGCCUCUACGCCCCCCAGCCGUACGUGCCGUACAGCGAGUGGAAGUGCCCUGGCCAGUGCAGCAGCGGCUCUUCCUUGUUCGACAGGCAGGCUAUCGGCCUCGCUGUGUCCAUGAGCGUCGUCACCUUUUUGAGCUUCACCUGGUUUGUCGCCGGCCUGGGACUCCACUAA